UCCCAUUUUGGGUUUAAAUGAAAAAGACAUGAAAAUAUCCUCACAAACCUAUAAAUACCAAAUCCAAUCCCAAGAGAAUCCCCCCUGAGAAUUGAGACUCAAUCAUUUCAUCAUCCGCAAUCACAAAAUGGAACAGAUGUUUGACAAAUUUUUUGACUCCAUCGCUAACCUUUUCGGCGGCGGAGAUUCGAUCCCCUGGUGCGACCGCGACGUCAUCCACGGGUGCGAGAAAGAAGUUGCAGAGGCCAACAAGGGUGACUCAGAUGAGCUGAAGAGCGAAAGCAUAAUGAGGUUAUCGUGGGCACUUGUCCACUCAAAGCAACCAGAAGAUGUGCAGCGUGGAAUUGCCAUGCUUGAAGCUUCAUUGGCCAACACUAGCUCCCCUUUGCAUCAGAGAGAGAAACUUUACCUUCUGGCUGUUGGAUACUACAGAACUGCUGAAUAUUCAAAUAGUCGGCAUCUUGUGGAGCAAUGCUUAGAGAUUGCUCCUGAUUGGAGACAGGCUCUGACCCUUAAGAAGACUGUUGAGGAUCGAAUUGCUAAAGAUGGCUUAAUUGGAAUAGGCAUUACUGCUAGUGCUGUUGGGCUUAUAGCAGCUGGGAUUGUAGCAGCGUUGGUUCGCAGGUGAUGAGCACAAGCCAACAAUGUUCAUAAUGACUGGCUAUUACUUACAAGUUUCAAUUUUCCCCUGAAAAAAGAAGGUUCCGAAUAAUCAGACUGAGAAUAGCUCAAAACAAAUUCUGCAGCUUGACUACUUUCUUUUCUGAAAAAAAAAAAAAAAAAAAAAGAGUUUUUAAAUUUGAUAUUUUUUGUGCAAAUGAAUAGGUUUUUCCCUCAUAUUAUGUUGUUAAUCAGUUGAUAAUGCUUAGCUUACAAAUAUUCUGCCAUUAUUUUGGCAUAUGUACCUUGCAAAUAUGUAUGGAAAAAUUGUGAUUUUAUGUUAUGUUGUAUAUGUUGCCUUGUUGCUACUGUUAAAAGGAAGUCUCAUUCUAUGUGAUUUUAUGUUAUGUUGUA